AGUGCAUGUUAUUUUCACGUUAUAUAUAAUUGGCGGAACGUCACGGUGUAUCCCGCAGUCGAAUGAUACGUGACGUGAGGUUAUAUGGCGCGUCGUCCAUCCUAUUGACCUGCCCAUCCUGUAACAUAGGAACUGUGACUACGGCAGUGACACAGCUGUGAGGAUGUACUGCACACUGAGGAGAUGUUUUUGCAGGAGGGACGCGAUAAGAGCGCUAAGUACCGGCGAGAUCGCUACCGCACUGAGGCCGUUUUAUUUCACUGUUCAUCCCGAUCUGUUCGGCCAAUAUCCCACGCAGAGAACAGUGAAUGAGAACUCUCUGAAACAAUUGAGUUCAAUCUUGGAAACACUUCAACAAAAACAACCCAUACGGCCGACCACUUUACCUUUUUAUCUGCGAUCGAAAAAUGAGAAAGAAGUGAAAGCUGGUAAAUUUACACUUGUAAAUAUACAACUGCAGGAAAGAGAUUUGAGGCAAGCUAUACUUUCCAUCUUGAAAGCAUGCGAUCUACCUACCACAUUUAUCGAUAAAAUCGAGGAGCAAAAGCCUCCUGUUACAAAGUACAAAUCCAGAUUCUGGCAACGUACACGUUUUGGAGAAAGAUUGGACUUUUCAGAGUUGGAAGAUGACCCUAUUUAUGCUUCAAUUAUUAUGAAACAAAAAAUUAAUAUAGAACCAGACACGUUAAAAGCGUAUUUGGACAAACACAUCAACGAGGCGCAUGUUAAACUAGAAAAAUGUAAACCAAUAAGAGAAGAGGUGGAAAAACUGCAAAAAAUACUAUGCAAUGAUUUGGGACUAAAGAAUAUUAUAUGGGACUGUGGUUGGAAUAUAGCUCACUAUCGUGGUUGUUUGCUGGCUUUCCAAGCUCUGGCCAAACAUCAUCCGGAACCAAUGGAAGUACUGAAGGAUCGGACUCUUGUAUUUGCAAAUGACACCGGUAUCAGUCUGGAAGGCAACGUUAUGCUAAAUUCCGGUGAGGUUAGACAUAAUUGGCUUGAUCUCAUAAAGAACGUAAGGAAGCACGACGUUGUGUUGUUGAAAUUGCCAGCAUUUGAGAAGGCAGUGUCCCAAGUGCUCCUUGACAUUAAAGUUGGUCGACGGGUACUCUAUAUGUGCAGGAAAUUCAUGCCUAAAGUAAUGGUCGGCCAGUAUGAACAACAACUCCGACAGCUCACAACAACACUCUCAGAUUACCGUGGCAAGAGAAAGUACCCGAGUUCUUGGCCAGCAAGUUUAUCAACCUACGAAAUUGUCAUAGAAGCUGAAGCGGGUCCUCUGAUGCUGUCACCUACUGGACAAUUCAUUGUGCCAUCGUCAUGUCCGAGUUUUCUCUUAGUGAACUUUAUUACUGAGAAUUUAGAAGAAGCCACGAAAAGAUUACAACAUUAUAAUAAUAUAAAGCAUGUGGAACGAGAACUUCAUCGCAAAACUAUCAAAGAACUAGGUUUAGCUGCUCUCAAUAAAGACGAUAGUAUUACGCCGGACCUAAUGAUACAAUGUUGCGAGCGAUUGCUUUUACACAAAAGAUACCUGGCACCAUCUCUGGAGGGCAUUAUGCUUUGGGUGACCCAUUAUUAUUCAGUUAUGAGCGACGGUGUUCUCUGUGUGCCAUGGGACUGGAAAUUUUAAUUUCUGAAGAAAGAAAAUUGUGCAUUAAUGAUCAUGGUUAGACAAUUAGAAUGUAAGCUCAUCGCCAUUAAUUGGUACAAUGCAAAUAUUUUAUAAGUUUUCAUUCUCAAGUUAUGGAUAAAGUUAUGAUAUUACAGCAAUGUAAUUAAUAGAUAUAGUGCAUUCUAUGCGCAAAUACUGAAACGUGAGAACUGAGAUAUGAUUUAAACAUUACCGAUUAAGAGCGUUAUCUGAAUAUGUAUCAUAUGCUGCAACACUAGUUACAGAUUUAUCACACAUCAACUUUUGUUAAUUCGUUGAAUUUAUUAUGCGGUUAUCAUUGCAGUUGUAAUCAAUUAUUAUCAAUAUUUUCAAUCUCGCAUUAUUAUUACUGAUAUAUUCAAUCCGAAAGCAGUCAGGAAUGUUUCUACAAGGACAGUUUUUAUGUGUUAAUGAAGAAAAACAUACAAGAAUUGAAAUAUAAACUACGGCUGUGUGAUAAUAUAUGAAAAACAACAAAGUUACUAGUCUCAAUGCGACUUUCGUAAGUUUUAGUUCGCAGUACAUACAACUCAUGAUACUUGAUGCUUUAUAUAGAAGAUCAUUGUAUGCGUAUAUUUUUGUAAUACUUGAUCAUACAAAUCAAUUUGUAAAUUAUCAUUUAUGAUCAUAUUUAAUCCACAUGAAAAUAAAGCCAUAACGUUCCCAAGA